AUGGUACCAGCCAACAAUGAAACAGCACUGCUGAUGGCCGUGUCCAAGCAGCAGGUAUCAGUUUCCAUAGAUCCAACUUGUUUUGAAUUCGGGUACUACUCGAGUGGUGUUUUAACAGGACACUGUGGAACAAAUUUAACGCAUGAUGUCACAGUAGUCGGGUAUGGAACACAUGAUGGCAUAAAGUAUUGGUUAGUGAAAAAUUCAUGGGGCCCUGAGUGGGGUCAUAAUGGAUAUGUAAAGAUUCAGCGCGAUGCGGAUGUUGCAGAAGGACUAUGUGGAAUUGCCAUGCGAGCCUCUUUCCCGACAGCCUAA